AUGUCUCUGGACAGCCACUGCGUAUACAGAUCAGAGGAAUUAUAUCGCACCUGGCAACUUUCUCAAGUAUGGGCUCUCUCCCGUGAUGGAAUCUUACGACCCAACGACCUGAAACAGGUCAAGUUAUAUCAACUAUAUGAGUUUUCGAUGCUGCUCGAUGUUUCUGCAACGGCAUGCAGAAACGCGGCUGGAGUGGCGGCUAAAGCGGACUACCGUAGCUGGUGGCAUCACUACUACCGCUUGGCUGGAUUUCGGGACGCAAGCUGGUUGAAUCGUGGUGUGCGGAAUCGCCUCUUCAGGAUUCUUCAACGUGGUACAAAACAUAGCGAAAACAAGAGCAACCAGUCACUCCGCUGA